UAAAUGCAAAAAUCCGCGCGCAGAAUCAGUCAUUUCGGACCCGUUUUGUAAAUAAAUCACACUUGCAUUUAUACAAUGGCGCAGGAGAUCGACCACGUCGGCCAUAAAGAUGACACAUACGUGAUUUCAGAGGGUUUAUCUGUCGCAGACAGCAGCAGUAAAGUGGAAGAUGAUGGAGAAGGAGACAGCGACGCGCCUGCUAUUUUUCUGUGCGGAAAAUGCAGGUUGCCUUUCGGCGAUUCGCUCUCAUGGGCCGGGAGCGACGACCAGCAGAAUCAGAUCCUGUUAAAGUGUGUUAAUGACAACAUUGUGAUUGGCAAAGAACCUUUUGUCUCUGGUACAAGUGAAGAACAACGAUGCCUUGCUGUGCAUCUCACGUGUCGUGGUUGCAGCUUCAAACUUGGACAUAUGUACAUGUCCACUCCAAAGUCACUGGACUACAAAAGGUCCAUUUUCUGCCUCAUGGUUGAAAAUAUUGAGAGUUAUGUUUUAGGCUCUCCUGACCAGCAGGUGGCAGCAGUGGACAGAGAAGAAAGGCCUGUGACAUUGGAGUACAUGGACAAUGUUGAGCGACAGAUGACCAAGCCGAGUGUGGGAGUGUGGCGCCUGAAAGUAGCUUUUGACGCGUUCAACCCGGGUUGGAAUCCGCCUUUUGCCGAACUCGCUCUUCUCCCUUUUCCAUCACAUAUCAGAUCGGAAAGGCAUUUAUUCUCAAUAAAAAUGAAGAAAAUAUUUGAUAAGUGGAAUAAAGUGCCUAACAAAAUAAAGUGACUGUUUUAAUAAUACAGUGUUUAUUGGUUAGGGGUAGGUGUAUAUAGGGCUUUAUUGUCCCAAUAAGGUGGCAUCCAUUUAAUAUUUUUUUUAUAAAUAGUCUCAUUUACACUAUUACUGCAUCCUGUUAGUGUACAACAAUACUGAGGUGCCACUAUUUAUAAGUAUAAAUAGCAUCUAACAAUUAUUUGCACUUACUGCAAAGAAAUGCUACUUUUAUAUAGUGUAAAUAGAAUAUAUCACUGUAUGUAUGUAAUCAAUUAAAAAAAUCUGAUCUGCAGAUGUAAACAACAAUUGUAGAAAUGAUUCCGUCAAACAUCACGGCUCUGUUUUACUUGAUAAGUUCUGGUUCUAAAAUGAAAAGCUGUUGCAGAAGUAAUUCUUUUUCAUUUCUCCUUACUGAAUAAAGUGUACCAUUACUGUUCUUGUCAUGGUGAAUUUUCUCUUCUAUCAUUUAGUCUGU